UCAUACUUCAUUUAAGACAGAAGUCAGUUCACUGUCUGCAGAACUGGACAUUCCUUGGGUGAAAAAUAAAACAGAAUUUAAAGUUGCAGCAAAACAAUUCUUCUUAACACUGAUGUACCUAGGAGAUGUGCAGUCUACCCAGAUAUAUCAUUAUCAUCUUUUUUAUAUUCUUUUGCCAUGUGCAGUCUACCCAGAUAUAUCAGUAUCAUCUUUCUUAUAUUCUUUUGCCACUGUUCAAAUAGCCAGCUUGGCCUCACAAAUGAAUUUGAACAAGGAUCUACAGUACAGCCCACAACCUCUGCACAGCAGGAGUCUGUUACUGCACAUCAACUAUCUGUAUCAUUCAGCAGCCCAUCCAGUGAUCAUGAUGUGUCUCACCAUGGAAUUAUGGCCCGUUUCUCAGAGGAUCAUAAGUUGUUUGGAGAAUCCAUCCUUGAGGUUGACAGUGAUGUUGCAGCAGACGUAGCCUCACAUGUGGACGUCCACUUGUCUAGUCAUUCAGAGGAUGUUGCCACAAUGGAUGUUAAGCAGGAAACAGUUGAGGCACCUGUUAAUUUUACGAUUACAAGUCCACUCUUGGGGAGGCUGCUCUUCAGAUGGGAAACAUCAUUACAAACAGAAAAUAUUACGUAUACCUUGUAUAUCUGGUAUCUUGAUAAAAGUAACCCAGUAAUUGAUUUAACCAUGGAAGACAACAUGUUUCAGUCUACCCUAGCCCUUCACAGGGGAAUCAUUGCUAAAGUUAAAACAGUUCUCAGAGGAAGUAAUGGUGAAGUAGCAGAAAGUAACUGGACCCAAUCAGUGUUUCCAGCACCACCAGGUGAAAAGGGAACAUUUGCUGUGAAUCUGGAAUGUGUGAUCUACAAUAUAACUUAUUUAAACUGUACAUGGAAAAGUGGCAAAAGCGCACCAAAGGGCACACAGUAUUUUCUUUAUUAUAGACAGGAAAAACAUACUGAAGCAUGCAACUCAUAUACAAGGUCUGAGACAGGAAACAUCAGAUGUCAUACUAAACUGUCACUUCAUUCAGCUAGAAAGAUCAGUGUAUGUGUUAAUGGCUCUAGCACACAAACAACAAUUUUGCCAUACUAUGCAUCAUUCACACCACUGUACAUUGAGAAGAUAGUCUCUCCUCAAAUUAUCAACAUUUCUGCUGAAAAUCAGUAUUUAUUGAUUAAAUGGACAACACCUAAGACUCGGUUUAAAAAGAGAAGCCGCUGUUUCGAUUAUCAGGUGAAAAUAAUUACUCUAAGUGACAACAGUUACUCAGUCAUUAAUAUCAGUCAGCAGAAAUAUUUAAAGUAUCCCUUUGAAAGCCCUACAGACCUAUUACUUAAAAUAAGGGCAAAGAUAAACAUCUAUUGUACUACUAACAAAUACUGGAGUGAUUGGAAUGAAGAAAUAUAUAGAGAAUGCCCUAAAGGCAGUGUCCCCACUGGAGAGAUUAAAUUGUACCUGGUACUGACAUUUAUUGCUGUACUAUCUAUACUAUCUGUCGGAUGGAUUAUCAGCAAAAGAAAAAUUCUUCAGGUAAAGCUCUUUCCACCCAUUCCUGAUCCUACAGCAAAAAUUAAGGUAAUUUUGGACUUCUGCAAAGAGAAUGCUAAGGAACAGACCAUUCUGAAAAAUAAAAUGUCAGGCAUGAAUUCUUACAAGCAGCAGUCAUGGACACUGGUUCAAGAACGUCCAGCAGAAUAAAAGAUAUUGAACAGCAGGCUCAUCAGAAUAAUAAGUUUGGUUGCAUAUUGCAUCUUCAUUCCAUCAUGUUGGCCUUUUCUGCUUUGAAAACAUUUUAGCAUCCAAGUCGAGUCCUCCCACUUGAACAGACCUGCAGAAAUACAAAAACAGCACCCUUUGGACUCAUUCAUCAAGAAACAAUGAAAACAGAGUAGUCAUGUUACCUGUUGAUCAUUUUUAAGACCUGUGUAACAAAAAAUGCUGACGGUGAUGGUUUAGUAAUGGAUGUUUUUGACAACACACUAUUUGUAGUGUGCAUGAAAGCUGUCUUCUGAGUUGGCCAGCCUGUGACUGUGUUCUUAGGUUAUAAAACCAGAAAUGAGGAUAGAAGGGUAUUCUUACAAGGUGCAUUCUGUUUUAUUCAUACAUGCAACAUAGUGUCACUAGAAGAAAAUAAUAUAAAUCCUUUAUGCAUGCCUAAUGUGGCAGGUGUAUGUGUCAUAGAAAAGCAGUCAUUUAAUAAUCUGUUAUUGAUUGAUUGGUAUUAACUUGGUGUAGAAUUACUUUCAGUUUAUUUUUAUUGUAGCUUCAUUCUAUCCCCUGUUACUAGACACCGAUAUUAAUGUUUUUUAAAAAUUGUGUAUGAAAGAUGUUGGGGAUUGUGAAUGAAUGCAGUUGGAGAUUUGGAGUAGCAGAUAGAUGACAAUUCUAGAGGAGAGAAAGAAAAGAGUGCUGUACAGGUAUUGUAUCUAAUAUGCAUGACUAAAAUUCAUUUUAUUUUCAUAAUUGAUCUCACAUAAAGUAUAAUGCUUUCACUAUUCUGCAGUGUAGCAAACAGCCCUCACCUGUUCGCAGAACUGUUUUAUUUUUGUUAUGAAUCGUGUAUAGCAGACUUUGUAUUUACUAUGAGUGAUAUUAUAAGGUCAUUUACAUAUGCCAGUAUCAUAAAUGUCAUAACAAUGGAAUUCUGAACAUAACCUAUUAAAUUCAAUAUGUAUUUCUCUUACAGUGCAGUAAACUGAAUAAAAAGAA